AUGCUUACCAUCCUGUGGAUACUGCUCAGCUCUCUGCUCCUCGUGUCAGGGCUCCACCUUCCCAUCAGCUGUCCCCGGGCCAAGGAAUGUCAGCUGGCCCUCCUCUCCAACAACGAUGCUCUCUUGGAAUGUGGCAUCUCCCAGGCGCACUGGUACUUCUUUGGGCUGGACAGAGGUGACAAGCCCGUUAGCCUCUCCAUUAUUUCCAAUGCGAAACAGAAUCCAGAUGGAAGCCUCCUCAUCAAAAGCCCAUCACCCUUCAACACAGGCCUCUACGAAUGCCGGGACAAGAAUGGGAACCAAGUGACUGGGUAUAAGAUUGAUUUCCAGGAUAUCAAAAGGCUGCAUGUCACACAUAUAGACCUGGGUCAGAAGCCCCUGGCAAAUGAGACUCUGAACCUGGGCCACAGAGAGGUACUGUAUACCCGGUGGGGACCUUGGCAGAAAUGCAACAACUGUAAGAGCCAGGGGGAGCGCAAGCGCCUGGGGUACUGCUACGUUAAGGAGCCUCUGGAGGAGCCCGUACCCUGCGGGUUCUACUUGGGAGAGACAAAGACAUAUCAUGACCGAGUAAAGCCUGAGAUGCAGGUGGAAAACUGCCAUGAGACGUGCCAAGGCCCUCUGACGGGUGGAGACUAUGUCAUCUUCGAUAACUUCAGGCUCACAGAGUCAGAUUCUACACAGCUCACCUGUCCCUUUGCGUCCAUCUACAGGCCUGUGCGCUGGGAAGCCAACGGCAUUGCUCUGACAUGGCGGGAGCAGCUCUCCGGCAAGGACCUCAGCAGCUUCAUGGACCUGUACAGUGGUGGCCAGCAGCUGCAGAUCUUCCAGCCAGCCAUUUACAGAUGUUUUGUGCAACAGGAACUGAUUGCCCAGUUCAACCCCGCAGCCUCUGUGGAUCUGUUGGAGGCUGAGAGUCAAUCCAAAGGCCCAGGGCAGCGGCAGUUCGGCAAGGCAGACUCGGUUCUCAGGGGCCUGCAGCUGGUGCUGCUGAUGGUCUCUGUACUGGUUGUGGGAGGGCUUCUCUGUAAGGUGGUCUUCCGUCCCAUCCAAGGCAAGAAGAAUCAGGUCCUCCUGGUGAAAUAA